UUAUUUCCGGUUUUAAGAUGUCAAUAUAAAUGUAGUAGCCGCUGUACACAUGACAAAUGUCAAUAUAUGGCCGGGCAGCAAAGAUGAGUCAAUUUCAUAAACAAAAGGCGUUGCGAAGUGCUUUGUUUUAGAACCAGGUUCAUAUUUUUUAAUUGAAAUCUGCAUUUAAAGUAUUAAAAGAAUAAAUUAUGGCUGAUCCACGCAUAAGACAAUUGUUUAUUAAGACGGGUGUUGUUAAGCGUUUGACAAAGGAAAAAACGGUUUGCGAAAAAGAAAUUGUGACCGAACAAACUCGCUUGGAAAAGCUCAAAACUAGCGGUGCAGAUGAUCACAGCGUAAGAAAACAAGAGGAAGUUAUACAAGAAUGUUUAAUGAUGCUACCAGACGCAAUAAGAAGAUUGCAAAAGGAACUUGAACAGCUUGAAAAGAUGUUGCAAGAUGAACAAGAUUUAAAUGAAGCAAAAGAGUAUGCAACUGCAACACAAGUAAUUAGUGAAGCUAAAGAAGUUCUCAGUCACAAUCUGUAAAGUGUAAAAUAUUAGUAAAAGUAUUAUAAAAUAAUAAAUUAUAUAUUGUAUUUCACCAUGAAUUCCUUACAUUUAAGCAAAAAAUCAAAAAUAAAACUUUUAAAAAUACAAAAUGUUAUAAAGAAUAUCAACUAUUUAGAAGAAAUCGAAAAGGGCAAUAAGCCUAUAAACUCAAAAAAACUAAAAAAAUUAAUACAAAAAACUUCACGAUUUCUCGAUGAAUUAGAGAAGCCUAAUAAACGAAAAAAAUUUCACAAACUUCAAAAGAAUAUAACAGUAGUGCCAACAAAUUCCCAAAAUACAUCAAAGCUAGUUUUAUCCAAUAAAAGUGAAAUUACCACAUGCAAACAGUCAAGUACAACUCAUAAGUCUGCAGUUAAGAAAGAACAUCAUCGUCUUCGGAUUUGUUAUGAGGCUAAUCGUUUUCUACGUACAUUUAAUUUAUUGAAAACUUUACAUUUAAAACGCAGCAAAGAUCCCAUAUCCACGCAAAGGUUCGGUGCAAAACUAAAUCGAUUACAAUCCCAAUGGUCAACAAUUUUACAGGAAAACACACCAUGCACAAGAGCAAAAUACAGUGUAGAGGACCAAUGGAAUGAAACAAUUUUUGGCACAUCAUUACUAACAGAUUUUGGUAGACCUCAAAAGCUCGACAAAUUUUUACAUAUAAGACGUGUAUGGGAUUCUUAUCUUGUGCCGUUAAAAAACCAACACGGUUCUUCAAUACCUAUCGGCUGGGUUUUACCUAGAGAAGAUGCAGAUGAUCGUUGGCUUCCAUACAAAUGCACAUAACAAAAAUUUUCUUACUAAUUUGCAUUUACUAAAUUUUGUUUACAUUAAAUUUUGUUAAUUCAAUAAAUAUUA